AACCAGCUCUCCGGCAGAGACUCCAUCUGCAGUCUUAUACACACACAAGUGCAGGAAUCCUGCACGCUCCGCACACCAUUUCUCUGCACAUGCUGGCUCAGGGCUCUUUGCAUACCCUGCCCCUCCUCAGCUCCAUGCUGAUCCUGCUGCUGGCCCUGCUGGCUCCAGCCGCUGUCACUGGCUGCAGCAGGUGCGAGGUUGACAGGCACCUCAUCCUGGCCAAAGUCAAGGCCCAUUUCCUGGAAUUCCUGGGCCCUGUUCCCCAAGGUGAUAAGGUCCAGGUGGGACGAAGAAGAGGGCUCCACAGGCGACAUGCCUCAAGCACAUCGUUUGCUCAGAGGUGGGAGGAAGAGGACACAUCUCAGGUCAUCGUCUUCCCCUUGAAAGAUGUGCCGUGUGUGCCACCUCAACCUGAUGAGCUUCCGGAGGAGGCGGGACUAUUCACAUACAUCUUCCAGCCAUCCACACACACCCUGAGUCGGGUGGUGACCUCGGCCCAGCUGUGGUUCUACACAGGCCCUGUGACUGUGCAGAGCAGCAGCGCCUCAGAAGCAGCAUCCAACAGCUCUGUGCCAGAGGCAGAGGUACUCCAGCUCUCCCCACAAGGCCAGGUCCCUGUGGCUACCGUGGCAGUACCAGCUCCCGAGGGCUGGACCGUCUUCCACUUUGGAACCUCCUUCUUGCCGUACAUCACCCAGAGGAUAUUUGUGCUGUUAGUUCGUUGCCCAAGCUGCCCUUGCGUGGCUGACGCUGCAAAGAUACCCUUCCUCAUGGCAGUCACCAAACCCAAGGGCCACGACCGGUCCCGGCGGUCCUCAGUGCCCUGGUCACCCACAUUUUCCAGCUCACUCCAGCGCCCUUCAGGCGAUCCUGCCCUCCACAUCAACUGUUACCGGGCCUCCAUCAACAUCUCCUUUGAAGAACUCGGAUGGAACAAUUGGAUCGUACACCCCACCAGCUUUGUGUUCCACUAUUGCCACGGGAGCUGCUCGGACGACCAUGUGUUCAGAGGCCACUUCAAAUUGUGCUGUGCCGCCUUGCCGGGCACCAUGAACUCUCUGCGCAUCCGCACCACCUCGGAUGGUGGCUACUCCUUCAAGUAUGAAACAGUGCCCAAAAUACUCAUUCAGGAUUGCGCCUGCAUAUAGCAAGGACUUGGUACCGGAGGAACACCUCUCCUGAAGGGAGGCUGGCCUCUUUUGCCCAGUUCAGAUCACCCUGAGCACCUCAGCAAACACACAUCCUCUCUGGUUGGUCCCAUGACCUAUCCCAUCUGUUGAAGGUGUGCACACUGGGCUUAGUCAUG